UAUUAUAUGAAUUUAUGGUAGUAGAAUCUUGGAAAAGGCCAUUUCUCCUUCUUAUCCGAUCCUGAAAGAGUCAACACAUGAGAAAUGAGAAAGAUGGUGAACAAAACUCACGAAGAAGCUUCCAUCAUCAACGUUUCAUCCCUUACUUGCAUAGAUCUCGCCAACCCUAACUUUCAUCAAUCAGCUGCUUCGCUUAAGCAGGCAUGUCUAGAUUGUGGAUUUUUCUAUGUCACAAAUCAUGGUAUAAGUGAGGAGUUGAGGGAGAAUGCUUUCGCGCAAAGCAAGAAGUUCUUUGCUCUUCCUUUGGAGGAGAAGGUGAAAGUCUUGAGAAAUGAAAAACAUCAAGGCUAUUCACCCGUCCUUAGUCAAAUCGCCGAGAACCAAAUCCACGGGGAUUACAAAGAAAGUUUUUUCAUUGGAAUCAAAGGCUCCAUAGAUGGUCUGCAUUCGCAUAUACCAUUUUGUCGCCCCAAUAUUUGGCCUAACUCUGAUGUUUUGCCAGGAUGGCGGGCUACCAUGGAGAAGUAUCAUCAAGAAGCAUUGAGGGUUUGUAAGGUUAUUGCUAGAGUAUUGGCAUUGGCUCUCAACGUCGAAGAAGAUUACUUUGAUAAACCGGAAAUGUUGGGAAAUCCGCUUGCAUUUAUGCGUUUGAUUCACUAUGAAGGGGUGUCUGAUCCCUCUAAAGGAAUAUAUGGAUGCGGGCCACAUUCUGAUUUCGGAAUGAUGACUCUCUUAGCAACCGAUAAUGUAAUGGGCCUCCAGAUAUGCAAGGAUAAAGAAAUGCAGCCUAGAAAGUGGGAAUAUGUACCACCGAUUAAAGACGCAUAUAUCGUGAAUAUUGGUGACUUGCUGGAGCGUUGGAGCAACGGCAUUUUUAAGUAAAUACUUGUUGUUUGGGCUAACUUUCUGAUCCUUAAUAUGUUCCCUAGCUGACAUUUAUUUAGUAGUAUUAAAUGAUAUAAUAUGUUUGGUUUUAUGGACUUGCAGUUAAAACUUUAUCUAGAUUCUUAGAAGCUGCAUAUGUUUUGAUUAAAGAAUAGAGGAAGGAAAUGUUGAUGUUUUUUUU